UUUCUCUUCAUGAGAGCUUCCAUUUCUUUUCUUUGAGUUCUCCUCAAUGUUGAUUCUUACCUUAACUUUAUGUUCAAUCAUUCUAAAUACACAUACUAGUUCAUCUAUAUUUAAUUUAACCAAAACAUAGCCUAAAAAAUAUCCAACAAAAAAAUAGUCUUUUCCCUUUUUAGCCAAUUGGGUCUCUUCAUAUUCUAUGAUCAUACAAAUGUUUAGGUGGAUAUUGAAGCCUAAAUUCUAUUCAAAAUGUAUAUCAUAUGUGAAGUGUAUAAAGAUAAGAUUAGAGAGGAUAGAGAAGAAGAGAAGAGCUGUUGAGAAGUUUACGAAGAGUGAUAUUGCUGAACUUCUUAGGAGAGGGCUUGACUAUGAUGCAUAUAAAAGGUCUUUGCACUUGAAGCAGGCUGAAGGACUUUUGUUUGAGCAAAAAAUGUUAUCAUGCUAUGAAUUAAUUGAAAAGUUUAUUGGAUGUAUAUCUGAUCAUCUUGAAGACAUAACUAAGCAGAGUGAAUGCCCUGAGGAAUGCAAAGAAGCUGUGCCAUCAUUGAUGUAUGCUGCAGCAAGAAUUUCUGAUUUACCAGAAUUGCGUGACCUUAGAACUUUGUUUAUAGAGAAAUAUGGGAAUUCUCUUGAACCAUACAUAAAUAAAGAGAUUGUUGAGAAGUUGAGAAGAGAUCCUUCUACAAGGGAAAUGAAGAUUAGGUUAUUAUAUGAUAUAGCACAAGAGUUCUCUAUAGAUUGGAAUGCAAAGGCUUUGAUGAAAAGACUUUAUACACACCCAUCAUUAUAUGAAGGGAGGCCUAUGUCUGAUAACAACAGAGACAACAUAGUCAACAUUGGAGGAGGAGAACACCAAUACAGUAGUGAUUAUGAUGAUGAUGAAACAAGCACAGAUACAUCAUCACAUCAUGGAAGAAAAGAUAGUUCAAGUUCAUUUGGAAGCAUAUCUGAGGAUGAUCAUCAAAAAGUAGCACAAGAAAUCAAGAAACCAAAUUCAUUUUUGCUCAUUCCACCACCUUACCUCAAACAAAAUGCUAAUAACAACAAAAGUGAAAUCAAUUCCAACAAAACAACAAAUUUAGAAACACUACAGAAGACUGAUUCAAGUGGAAUGAAACCAUCAACUUCAGAUGAUACAAUAUCAUCAUCACAAGGGCUUGCACAAAUACCAGGCGGCGCGUGGCGUGUGCCUACUACUCUGCCUGAUUAUGAUGAUUUAAUAGCUCGUCUCAAAGCUUUCACAGGAAGAUCAUAAGAAAAAGCUUUAGAAUCAUAGAUUUGUGCAAAUAUAAAGUUUCUCAUAUUCAUGUUAUGUCUGAGGUUUAGGAUUUAAGACACAAUUGUAGUAAAUUUGUAAAGAUGUUAGAUUAUGAGUUUAAAAUUAGUUUCUCUAUGUAUAUAUACGUGUGCAUAUGAGAAUAAAAAUUGGAGAAAAUAUAUAAGCUUAUAAACCAA